AUGGUAAUGAAUGAUGUUUUUCAGCCACACUUGAGGAAGUUUAUAUUGGUGUUCUUUGAUGACAUACUGGUGUAUAGCCCUGAUAUGGCAUCCCACUCGGAGCAUCUGAAAAUUACUCUUAAGACUCUACAAGAGCACACAUUGUAUGCCAAGCUCAGUAAAUGUUCUUUUGGUCAGCCCAAAGUAGAGUAUCUGGGUCACAUCAUCACUGGAGAAGGAGUCACAGCUGACCCAACAAAAAUUUCUUGUAUGCUCAAUUGGACAGUACCCACUACUUUGAAGGAACUGAGGGGAUUCCUAGGCCUUACAGGAUACUAUAGAAAAUUUGUGAAAGGCUAUGGAAUCAUUUGUAAGCCACUGACAGAAUUUCUAAAGACAGAUAACUUCAAUUGGACUGAUGCUGCUCAGAUUGUAUUUGAAGCCCUCAAGCAAGUUGUCACCACCACCCAGUACUAG